AUGGACUCAAGCAUCCCAGACCCGGAGGCUGACCUCAUCCAACUGAAUGGAAGCUACCACACAGAAACUUCACCUUGUGUCAUCGAGUCCCGAGUCAUGAUUUUGCUUUCCAUCAUCAUUGCCUUCUUUGGCCUGGCAGGAAAUGCCAUGGUUCUGUGGCUUCUGGCUUUCCGCAUGCGCAGGAAUGUCUUCUCUGUCUACAUCCUCAACCUGGCUGGGGCAAACUUCCUCUUCCUCUGCACUCACACUGCAUUUUCCCUGGAAAAGAUCAUUGUCCUUUUUCACUCCGUUCACAUCCACAUCCCAUUGUUGUUCUACACUCUGUCCACACUUGCUUACCUUGCAGGUGUGAGCAUGGUCACAGCCAUUAGUGCUGAGUACUGGUUGUCUGGCAUUUGGCCCUAUUGGUAUCAGGGCCAGCGCCUAAAACACACAACAACUGUCAUUUGUACUGGGCUCUGGGGUUUGGCCCUGCUCUUGAGCCUCCUGGAAGGAAAAAGUUGUGGAUUCCUGGGUAGUACUUAUAACCAAGAUGUGUGUUGGAAACUUGAUUUCAUCAUAGUUGCAUGGUUACUUGUUUUAUUUGCUGUUCUUUCUCGAUCCAUUCAAGUCCUACUGGUCAGGAUCUUCUGCGGUUCACAGCGGACUCCUGUGACCAAGCUGCAUGUGACCAUUGUGCUCACAGCACUGGUCUUGGUGAUCUGUGGCUUUCCCUUCGGAAUUAUCUUCUACCUCUUAUACUGGACUACAGAAGUUUAUUAUAUUAUGCCUUGUAAUUCUUUCCAUGAGACAAUUCUCCUCCUGUCCUACAUUAACAGCUGUGCCAACCCCAUCAUUUGCUUACUUGUUGGCUCAAUUAGGCACUGUAGAUUCCAGUGUGGGACUCUCAGGCUGCUACUGCACAGAGCCAUGCAAGAUAUCCCUGAGGAAGAAGGUGAAGAACUUGAAGAAGUUGUAGGAGAACGAGUACAGAACAGUAUACCCUAG